AUGUCCGUGGACAUGGUGGAAAUUCAGGAGAAAGCGUCCGAACCGGUUCGGACGGCCGGCGUCCUCCAGCAGAACCGAGUCUUCCUCGACUUCUUCUGGGACUUAGCCAAGCCCGACCAAGAAGUUCGUAUCAGCGCGGUGGAAAACCUCCUAAAAUACCUGAAAGACAACAACAAGGAAGAUGAGUUAGAAUACACAGUCAAGAGGUUGGUUGACGGUCUAGCUCACACGCGCGAGGCGGCAAGACCUGGUUUCAGUCUGGCUCUUGGUCAGCUCCUCAAUGCUUUUGAAGACCUCACUCUGCAGAACAUACUUGACAGAAUAAAGGAGAAGUACAAUGUACAAAAAGCCCCAAAGAAAUUUAUCCGAAAUGCUGCAUUUGGAAGCUUAUUUGGCGUCCUCGCUCUCCAUCAGUCAGGCCGCCUCUUCAACGAGCCUUUGGCAGUGCUGGGUUGCGUGCAGCUCCUGCAAGACCUCACUCAGCAACGACAACACCUAAAGGACCUGCCCAGCAAAACCAUGAUGGACAUCCUAACCGAGGUCCCUGAGAAGGUGUUUGAGGAAGUCCUGCUGACCGCCCUUCAGUCGGAUCUGGCGUCAGCCUUCCAGACUCCGGAGCAGCUCCGACUGCUGUUAGUGGCGCUGGAGCGCUUCCCUCACACGCUUGAACCCAAGAAACUUAAAAAACUCCUGGGCUCCUCUACUAUCAUCACUAAUGACAACAUCGAAAAGCUGACACACAUUUUGAAGUUGGCCGCCCACGCGGUGAAGAAGGAGUGCGUGCUCCCGCCAGUCGCGCUGGACCUUCUCAAGCUCUCACUGAGGGAAGACAGCUUCCAGCUUUUCUGGAACAAAGCUAUUACCGAGGGAAUGUUGAAGGAGAGUUGGGGGCCCACACACUUCCUGAGUUUCCGACUGCUGGGCAGAGCUUUGCCGUUUUUGUCCUUAUCGCAACUUAAAGAGGUUCUUUCUGGGAAAGUGAUGAUUCACUAUGGCGAGCACGUGGUGUCCGCUCAGAAACAAGAACGCUUCAAACUGGCUCCCGAAAUGGAGACAUACGUAUCGGACUUCCUGGAGGGCUGCGAGGAUGCCGAAAAGCAACUGGCGGUGAUGGUGAGCUUCUCCUCAUUGGUCAAUCAAGGCUACCCUGUGGUGCCGUCGGUGUGGCGCGUGGUGCGGCACCUUCGGCCGGCGGUGCUGCAGGAUUACGUGGCGUGGCUCAGGACUUCCUUCCUUCGGCCUCGCGUGAACGAGAUGCUGAACUUCACCUCACGGAAGCAGAAGGAGCGUGAGGACGAAAUGGAGAACUCAGAACAGGAGUUCGUAUUUCGCCUGAGGAAGUGGAUCGUGGCCAGGCUGGCCUCCAUCGUUGAUAACAACCAGGUCAAGAAGGACGAGGAGCUAAUUAUGGAGAUUGCUCGAUUUGUCUUUUUCCAUGCGUUCUUCACCACCAAGAAAAUCUGCGCCGCUAUUCCGGAAACUGAGGACGAGCUCCACGUUCCGCUCGAUGGAAAAACCAGAGCGGUGCUUGUUGGUUCCUUCUUUGGGCUCCUCCUCUCCAUGCAUAACCUGCCCCAGGCGGACGAAGCGUCCAAAGGCGAGCUGACAAGCCACAAGCGCACAUUGGGCGUCACAUCUGACGGCUCCUUGUGGCUCUACCGUGUGGUCGAGUAUGCGCAAGAGCUGCUCCGCACGCACACGUUUGUCAGCAGCGUCAACCCCUUCAACGCCGAUCAGAGGCUUGCUUGGGAAAGUAUGUUGGAGUCUGUGGCAAGCCUGCAGAAGAAAGCUAAGAAAGGUCACUCAGUCGAGAGCAGUUCCUUCCAGCAGCUCUUCCUCUUAGUGGGCAUGCACCUCUUCAAGGCUCCAGAUGAACUUGCGGGCGUCAUGCAGGACUUGCAGAGCUGCGUUGAAAAGGCGCAGGAGAAGAAAGCCAAGAAAAAAAAGAAGAAAGCCAGCAAACAAGAGGAAGCUGAGCCUGAGUGGGUGGAGGUGCUGGUGGACAUCUUGCUGUCACUCCUGUCGCAGCCUAGCCGACAAAUCAGGCAGGUGUGCAAGACAGUCUUCGCCUCUGUCUGCCCCCAUGUCAACGCCGCUGCCCUCACCGCCAUCAUGGAUGUUUUGGAUCCGGAUAAAGAGGGCGAGGAGGACGGCCCCGUGCUUGUUGAGGACGACGCCGAGAAAUCCCAGAAGAAAACUGAGGAGGAUGAUGAUGAAGAGAUGGAGGAAGAGUCAGACAAAUCGGGCGAUGACUCUGAGGAUGACAACAAUGAAGAAGCCAUGGAGGAGGAGGUGGACCAAAACUUCAAAUUGGAGUUGUUAAAGGUGCUCCAGCCAAAGAAGACAAAAGCCACAGAGGAGGAAGCCAGCGAUGACGACUUGAGCGACGACGCAAUGAUGGAACAGGAUAAGAGCCUCGCGAUCCACUUCGCGGAGCAGAAAAAGAAAAUCCAGGCCACGAAGGAUGCCAAGGACAAAAUACGCAAAGAAAAGAUGCUUGUGCGUGACUUCAAGAUCAAGGUGCUGGACCUGGUGGAGGUGUUCGUGACCCGGCAAGCUGGAAGCCCUCUAGUUCUGGACCUUCUGGAGCCUCUGCUUUACAUGAUUGAACGAGGGAUGAGAUCAGGCAACGAACAGCAAGAGCAGGAUUUCCUACGUAGAGCGGCAGACAUUUUCAGGAACCAGCUGUGCAGGUCCAAAGUGUACUGCAAGACCGCAGAAGACAGACAGGAGGAGCUGCACAACCUUCUCGACAAGCUGAUGACGAAAACACAGAAAUUGUCAGAGUCCUCUGUUGGCCUGUACUACUUCAGUGCUGCUCUGUAUGUGGUCAAAGUGCUGCGAGGAGCGACCAGCGCAGAAAAUAAGGACGAGCAAGCAACAUCCAAAACUGGAGUAGAUUUGCGGUUCAUGGGCAACGUGGAUGUGGAGCGGGUGGCCGGCGUCUUUCGAGAGGCACUGCACUCCUUCAUGAGUCGCAGGAAGAGCCCCCUGACAACCCAGAUGUUCACCGACCUGUUUAACAGAUUCCCGGUUUUGUGUGUUAAUCUAUUGGACGCGACGGUGCCGCACAUUACAUCUGGCGUCAGAGAGCACCAACAGGCACAAGCGUGCAUACUGGUGUUGCGCGCCAUGCAGAACCGGGAUGUGCAGCAACUGAUGAGCGGUGCUCCAUGGUUGGAAUUUUGCACCAAAGUGGCAGCUCAGCUGGCCGCGGCUCUCAAGCUGGAGGGUCAAACGGAGAGCAAGGCUCUGCGGGAGAAGGUAGUGAAGGCUCUUGAGCUGUGUCAGUUUUUGGUCAAGCACGUCCAUCAGCGGAAGCUGUCUGUUGAGCUUGUAGACCUCAAGAAGGUUCUUCAGGUCAUGACUGAAGUCAUCGCCUUCAAGAACUCGGGGACGUUGGAGGACACCUACUGGGCUGUCAUGAAACACUUUGGAGUAAUGAAGCCCAAAGUGGAGAAAACAAAGCCUGACAAGGACGCCGGCCAGCCGCCGAUGCCGCAGCAGGCUGCCAAGAAGCAGAAGGGCUUCCUGCCAGAAAGCAAAAAGAGGAAAAAACGCCCGCAGCCCGUCUUGGAGCCCGCUGCAGCCGCCGCCAACUCGGCCCCGAUGGCCAACAAAGCGGGGGUAGAGAAAGGACAAGGCAAGAAGAAAAACAAGAAGAAGACAAAGCGGGCGGCGGACGUCGAGGCGGCACAGGCCGGGCCAGCCAAGAAGAAGAUGAAGAUGCCAGCUGAAAGCAAGUUGGUGAAAAAGAAGAAGAAGAAAAAUAAGCAGAAGAAAGAGGGAGGAGGGCAAGUAUAA